CCCGGGUGCUUUCGUCAAUUUCCGUACUGUUUAGGUAGACAUUUGCAUCAUCCUCCUCGUCCUGGACGUUCCAAUAAUUUAAUUAUUUUGAUUGGCAGAGAAAAGAAGGAUAAACACAUCUGAAUGAUGUCUGCACUCGAUGUCAACAUGCCAGUCACACUGGUUGUGAAGGCACCAAAUCAAAAGAUUGCUGAUCAAACGGUGGAGUGUGCUCUUGGCUGGACUAUCAGGAAGUUGAAGGCACAUUUGUCAUCCAUUUAUCCAAACAGACCGGAGCAACAUCAGCAGAAACUCAUCUAUUCUGGCAAAUUACUGAAGGAUCAUUUGAUGUUGAAAGACGUUUUACGACAAUAUGAUGAAAGUACGACGCACACCGUUCACCUGGUCUGCUCUGGUGUCAAUAAUGGAUCUGAAUCUUCAUCAACGAACUCACAGGAGUCAGCCUCAAAUAGUCGCAUUCCUGUCAAUGAAAAUACGACACCUGCCACAUCGAUGACACCUCCGCCGAACACGGAUGGUUUGAGGCACCGAGACACGCAAUAUACGCCAACGUCAAUGACACAUCCCUAUGCCAAUCAGUUUUAUGGUGCUACUUCAACUCCAAUGGCUAUGCCACAAUACACCCAGAUGAAUGCCUUCAGUCCCUACGGUGGAGCCAUGAAUCCACAACAGUUGUACUGGAUGCAGCAGAUGUAUGCACAGCAGAUGACGCAGUACAUGCAGAUGCAGUAUAUGCAACAAGGAAUGCAACAGACACCAGUCUCCCAAGCUAUGCCUGACACGCCACAACCUGCUGCGCCUCCUAUCGCCCAACCAGCCAACAAUGCCCCGGCCAACAACAACAGACCACAGGCAAAUCCAAACAUAGUGAUGAAUGCACAGGGUGGAGCCAUGUUGGAUGACGAGGAGGAAGGCAACCAAGAUUGGUUAGACUGGUUCUACACCCUGUGUCGUAUUGGCGUCCUCAUGAGCAUUGUUUAUUUCUACUCAUCGAUAUCUCGUGCGAUUCUCGGUUUUGGGUUCUUCCUGUUGAUGUACUUAUAUCAAAUUGGCUGGUUCCGACUUCAAAGACGAAACAUCGAGCCGAGGCCACCAGUGGCACCAGUGCAGCCUGAACCUCCACAGCCGGCACCACAACCGGAACGACCACAACAAGAGAAUAAUGAAUCUGAGAGAAGCAACGAAACUGAUACAGACGAGAAUGAUGGUGGUGCAGAUGGAGACAGUGAUACAUCAGCAACCACAGAGAGCCAGGAGCCGCCCCAAGAACCACAGACGCCUCAACCAAAUGUCCUGGAAGUCACCUGGAUAUUUGUAAAAACAUUCUUCACGUCAUUGAUGCCUGCGCAACCCCCUGUCAUCAACGCAAACUGAUUGGUGCUGAUUUAUAAGUGGGAGUUUGAAAAUAUAUCAGCUAGUGAAUUAUCCCCGAAGUUGUUAGUACAUAUCCAUUUCUGAUUCUUGGAUGAAGUAUGACAUUUUCUCCCCUUGGAAAGCAACGUGCAAACUUCGUUUGUUUAGGCUGGUGCUGGAAUUUCAGUAUCUUCAUGAUUCAUGCCUUCAGAUACAGGUUGGUGUUUCAUAACUUCAGAAGUUCAAAAGUUAUGUUUUCUUGGAGCUCGGUAUGCCUGGUCCCGAUUCAUAUUGAGUUAGCUUUUAGCCGAUGUUGAUAUGAUGCCUUGAAGCUUAUGUCGGUGACUGAUUUCAAUGUAAUUUUCAAAUUUUAUUGUUGAUGCUUUCACCAUGUAUCCGAUUCCGAACGAAUUUUAAUAUUUUUUCUGUGAUAGGGAAAAUUGGAAAAAAAGGUACUUUUGCUCAGGGGGCACAAACAUGUUAGAUGGUUCUAGAUAACUUCCAUUUCUUAAUGGGUCUAUUUCUAGUCAGAAAAAGUGAAGUAAAUUUGUUGGCUGUAUUUGACUGAUGUUGCCCUAAGCAAGAAUGCAUAUGUUUGGUCAUGGUCUUGUGUUAUGAAUAAUAUAUGGGACAAGGUGUUCAUGGUGUGAUUUUAAAAUCAUUCAUUUGCAUUCUUGUAUUAAACAUGUACUGUGCUGAUAGUAUCCCAGAACACACCUCUGUUGUUCAAGAUAAUUUUAAUGAUUUGGGUGAGGUUGCAGGGAUAUGAUAUGUAGCAUUUCUGUUUUACUCAGCUUAGAUUUGAUAUGAAGUCUGUUGUGUUCAAUGCAUGAGCUGGCUUGAUUGAUGGAAAUAUUGUAAAUAAUACAUGCUUUUAAAAUCAGACUUAGUCUGAUUACUGUAUGCCCCCACACUUCUGCAAACUUAUUGUUGAAAAACAUCAAAUUUAGGUCCUGGUUCUGUUUCAGCAAAUGGAUGUAUUUCUCAUUCUUCAAGCUUAAUCACCACUUGAAUAUUCUGUAACGAUACUCAUAAUAUUUCCCCCUUCUACUAGAGAAAAGUCAUAGAAAUGGUAUGUUUGCACAAAUAUUGGGGUUUGCAGUAUACAAUGUAAAUGUACAGUGUAUAUAAAUUAUGUAUAUAAAAUGUAAAAACUAUAUUUAUGUGUAUAUUGUACAUGGGAUUACAUGUACAUCAGCCGUAUCCCAAUUGGGACACAAACCGAUGAUAUCAGAUAAAAUUGAGUGGGGAAUUGGUAUGAUAUGUCAUCAUUGAGUUCUAGAUUUGCUUAAACUGAAAACAAAUUCAUUAGAUUUUUGGCGAUUAUUUGAACUAACUGGCAUUGGUAGAUCCUGUGCGUGAUCCGAUUUGAGCUUGAUGGUGUAAACUCACCUCAUCGCUCAUGGUUUGUGUGCAUAGUGUAAGCUAGAGUGUCCCAAAACACUUUUGAACAUUGUAAACCCGAACAGUUCAUUACUAAUGCUUCCUAGAAUAGUAGUAUUAUGUCUGUUGCUUUUUGGUAAUUGUCCUGGCACGAGCUGGUUCUUGGAUUCAUACUAAAAAGGUUUUCAUCGGAAUUGGUACAAUCAGAACAUACUGCUCAGAGGCUUACAUUACAACGAUCGGUCAUGUCAAUAUCAUUACAUGUGUAUCAUUCUAUGAUUUAUUAGGAUUGAGGGAAUCUUCCAUCGUGAGGUCAUCAGUCCAUAGUGUGUUACAUGUACAGAGUCGGAUUCUGCACAUUUGGGUUGACGUCAUGUUGUUGCUGGGCACAUCAUGUUCAUUACUGUGUAGAGAACACCUGUUUAACUAUGUCUCUCAUCAGCACUAGUUGACUCGUUGUGGUUUUCAUCUGGAAAUUUUUUCGUAUUUUGGGGGUCGUUUUGUGAUAUUUGAAAGAACAGUGUACAUGUACAUGUAGGACAAUCAUUGUCCCCACUCGUACACGUAGCAAUGUUCUGUAGAGCUGUGUUUUAUGGGUCAUGAUGGUACCAUUCAUGAAAAUGUGCCCUUUCAUAUGUUUUUUGUGGCCGUACAUUUACAUGUAGACAUAUAUUUGCUGAGCUGCAUGUUUUGCUAACAGUUGACAUGAAAUAACAAUAACAGAAGAUCACAUAUUAUGAUGUUCAGUACAUUGUAAAAGCUGACUAGGUAGAGUUGGUUUCUGAUGAUUCUUUUCAAUAUCUAGGGGCAUCCUCUGCAUCAUUUUAUCAGUGGUCAGUACUCACAACUUUAAAGUAAUGUAGUUUAAGCAGAGGCUUUUUGAUGGCUGUUGUUCUUGAAAUUCUUGAACUUCUGUAACUAGCUUGGUGGUGUCCAAGCUGCAUAUCAUUUCAGGUUCUUGAUAAAGAAGAAAGAAAGGACAUAAAAUUGUCUCGCACUGAAUAUGUUCUGUGCAGCUUGCACAUCAUCAGAUUUAUAAUCCUUUCCUGAAGAAACCAAUUGUUGUUCCCUGAGAUUGUAAAUGUGACCGUCAUGGAAACAUUUUUCACCAUUUAUAGAAUACAGAAUCUAUUUUGCAGCAAUAAAACAUUAUUGAUUGAAACAUAA